GGCUUGGUGAACAACACCAGUGCGGAUGUCGGCAGGAGCUUCCAGCCGAAUGAGGCCGCCCCGGUCGUGGUCGAGGGCCAGACCUUCCACGUCAGGAUCAAGGUCUUGAAGAUGGUCGAAGAGCCGACGGUGGAGGAGUUGACGGUCGAGCUGGGUUUGGUCCAGCAGUGGUUGCCGCUGAUGGUCCAGCACGACGGCGGCUUCACCGUGGACCUCGCGGGAGUGCAGAACUGGGACCAGGCCAAGGCCGUCGAGGAGUCCCUGGCGGCCAGGCCCGCGCCCGCGAUGACGAGGAACGCGUCGAUCGACGCUGCGGCGGCCAUCUCGGGAUAUUCAGGCAGCGACGGAUCCAUCAGGGCUGCGGAGAGCUGCCCCAGCUCGCAGUCGAAGAGCGACCAGAGGAGUUCCGCGAGGGCCAGCUCCGCGAGGGUCUCGCGGAGCUCGGCGAGAUCGGGUGCUCAGCAAGUCUGAGGCCGUCGCGCCGCGCCUCGGGCUCCCCGCCAGGGGCAAAGCGGCGCUCUUGAGGGCGCCGCGACGUAACAAUACUCUUCCGAAUUCGCAGUCCGAAUCACACACACACACACACUCUGUUUCGUAAGCGGCGAGGCGGCGAUAUCCGCAUCAGCGUAACAGCUAGGUCGGGGC